GAUUCAUACCGGUGGAAAACCAUUUCAAUGUAAAAUCUGUUCGAAGUCAUUCAAUCAAAGUAAUUGUUUGAAAAAACACGAAAUGAUUCAUACCGGUGAAAAACCAUUUAAAUGUCAAAUCUGUUCAAAAUCAUUCAAUCAGUGUAGUCAUUUGAAACAACAUGAAAGAAUUCAUACCGGUGAAAAACCAUUUCAAUGUAAAAUCUGUUUGAAGUCAUUCAGUCAAAGUAGUAUUUUGAGAAAUCACGAAUUGAUUCAUACUGGUGAAAAAUCAUUCAAAUGUGAAAUCUGUUCGAAGUCAUUCUAUCAAAAUAGUAGUUUGAAAAUACACGAAAUGAUUCAUACCAGUGAAAAACCAUUUAAAUGUAAAAUCUGUUCGAAGUCAUUCAAUCAAAAUAAUUCUUUGAAAAAACACGAAAUUAUUCAUACCAGUGAAAAACCAUUUAAAUGUAAAAUCUGUUCGAAGUCAUACAAUCGUCGUAGUGUUUUGAGAAUUCACGAAAUUAUUCAUACUGGUGAAAAAUUCAAAUGUAAAAUAUGUUUGAAGUCAUUCAGCCAUCGUAGUAGUUUGAGAAAUCACGGCAUGAUUCAUACUGGUGAAAAACCAUUUAAAUGUAAAAUCUGUUCGAAGUCAUUUAAUCGAAGUAAUUGUUUGAAAAAACACGAAAUGGUUCAUACCGGUGAAAAACCAUUUAAAUGUAAAUUCUGUUCGAAGUCUUUCAUUGAUUGUAGUAAUUUGAAAAAACACGAAUGGAUUCAUACUGGUGAAAAACCAUUUCAAUGUAAAAUCUGUUCGAAGUCAUUCAGUGCUUGUAGUAGUUUGAAAACACAUGAAAGGAUUCAUACCGGUGAAAAACCAUUUCAAUGUAAAAUCUGUUCAAAGUCAUUCAAUCAACGUUGUAGUUUGAAAAAACACGUAAGGAUUCAUACCGGUGAAAAACCAUUCAAAUGUAAAAACUGUUUGAAGUCAUUCAAUCAAUGUAGUAGUUUGAAAACUCACACAAUAAUUCAUACUGGUGAAAAACCAUUUAAAUGUAAAAUCUGUUCGAAGUCAUUCAAUCGAAGUAGUGGUUUGGAAAAACACGAAAUGAUUCAUACCGGUGAAAAACCAUUUCAAUGUGGAAAUUGCCUAAAGUAAUAUAGUCAAGUUAGCAAGUUGAAAAAACGUGAAAAAAUUCAUACUGUCGAAAAGCAAUUUCAAUGUGAAUUCUGCUCAAAGUCAUUCAAUCAAUUUGGUAAUAUGAAAAUAUAUGAAGAGAUUUAUACUGGCAAGAAUCCAUUUCACUGACAAAUUUGCUCUAAAUAAUUCAUUAAACGAGGAAAUGAUUCAAAUAUAUAUUUUUUAUAUUAUGGGCACGGAGUAGGAUAUUUCUGGGAAACUACCGACUGGACUGCAAUAAGUUAUCAUUCAAUAUCAAUAUAACUAGCAUACUUACCUUCCACUGUAACUUACCUGAGAUC